AUGGACACCCCUGGCUAUCCUCCAUCGGUGCCCACAACCUCAGAACCUGGGAACACCUCCUUGUCCUGGCCCCUCGAUGCCACCCUGGGAAAUAUGUCGGCAGGACAGAGUCCGGCAGGGCUGGUGGUUAGCGGCAUUCUCAUCCCACUGGUCUACCUGGUGGUGUGCGUGGUGGGCCUGCUGGGCAACUCCUUGGUCAUCUAUGUGGUCCUGCGGCAUACGGCCAGUCCCUCGGUCACCAACAUCUACAUCCUCAACCUGGCCCUGGCCGAUGAGCUCUUCAUGCUGGGGCUUCCCUUCCUGGCUGCCCAGAACGCUCUGUCCUACUGGCCCUUUGGCUCCCUCAUGUGCCGCCUGGUCAUGGCCGUGGAUGGCAUCAACCAGUUCACCAGCAUCUUCUGCCUCACCGUCAUGAGCGUGGAUCGCUACCUGGCAGUGGUGCAUCCCACCCGCUCAGCCCGCUGGCGCACGGCACCCGUGGCCCGCAUGGUCAGUGCGGCCGUCUGGGUGGCCUCGGCCGUGGUGGUGCUGCCUGUGGUGGUCUUCUCGGGCGUGCCCCGUGGCAUGAGCACCUGCCACAUGCAGUGGCCUGAGCCCGCGGCGGCCUGGCGAGCCGGCUUCAUCAUCUACACGGCUGCACUGGGCUUCUUUGGGCCGCUGCUGGUCAUCUGCCUCUGCUACCUGCUCAUCGUGGUGAAGGUGCGCUCGGCUGGGCGGCGCGUGUGGGCGCCCUCGUGCCAGCGGCGGCGGCACUCCGAGCGCAGGGUCACUCGCAUGGUGGUGGCCGUGGUGGCGCUCUUCGUCCUCUGCUGGAUGCCAUUCUACGUGCUCAACAUCAUCAACGUGGUGUGCCCGCUGCCCGAGGAGCCCGCCUUCUUCGGCCUCUACUUCCUGGUGGUGGCACUGCCCUAUGCCAACAGCUGUGCCAACCCCAUCCUCUACGGCUUCCUCUCCUACCGCUUCAAGCAGGGCUUCCGCAGGGUCCUGCUGCGGCCUUCCCGCCGCGUGUGCAGCCAGGAGCCCGCUGCGGGGCCUCCAAAGACCGAGGAAGAGGAUGAGGAAGAGGAUGGGGAGGAGCAGGGGGAGGAGGGGGAGGGGAAGGCGAUGAACGGCCGGGUCAGCCAGAUCACACAGCCUGGCACCAGUGGGCUGCAGCAGCCGCCCAGCGGAGUAGCCGGCAAGGAAGAGAAGUUUCUACCCCAAGAGCCCUCGGCCGGGGAGAAGUCCUGCACGCUGCACAUCAGCUCUCUGUAG